UAGAUGCUUCCGGUGUAUUUGCACCCAGUGUAAAACAGGAAGUUGUGCUUAAUGUGCCUCAGACACAAAGUGGAGCAAGAGACAAGAUCACAAAUGAGUGAUAACGAGUCAUUACUACAAAAUGAUUUCACUGAAGAGUCAUUCCACUCAAAUUUCUUAUUCCAGAACCAUGACAUAAGGAUUAUUCUGGUGGGGAAGACUGGAACAGGCAAGAGUGCGACAGGAAACACAAUCCUGAGACGGGAGCUGUUCGAGUCUGAGCCCUCACCUGUGGGGGUUACAACACAAUGCAGCAGUGGUUUUGUGAAUGAAGGAGGAAGAAGAGUCUGUGUGGUUGACACGCCAGGGUUUUGUGGAUCGCUGACUAAAGAAGAAAUGAAGGCACACUUGGAGAAGUGUGUUGAGCUUUCUGUUCCUGGUCCUCAUGCGUUCCUGCUGGUCAUCAAUCUGGACGCGAGAUUCACAGCGGAGGAGAUGAACACAGUGGAACUGAUUCAGCAGAACUUCGGAGAAGGUGCUGUGCACCACAACAUCAUCCUGUUCACCAGAGCAGAUCAACUGAGAGGCAGAUCUUUGCAGCAGUAUAUAGCAAGAAGCCAGGAUCUGAAGAGACUUAUAGAGUGCUGCGGUGGAAGAUAUCACGCAUUCAACAAUAACGACAUGAGGAACCGCACUCAAGUCACCGAGCUGCUGGAGAAGAUUGACAGAAUGACCCAAAAUGGAAGAAGAUAUUACACUAACGUGAUGUUUGAAGAAGCUCAAAAGAAGAUUAGGAGAAAGGAGACGAUAAAAAAGGUCAAAGAUGCGGCAUUAGCGGUUGGAUCAGCAAUAGGAACGGGAGCAGCAGUGACAGGAGGGGUCAUCCUGGGAGUAACAGAGGUGGCCGUUGCUCUUCCUGUUGUUUUAAUCGGAGCUGGAGCUGCAGCUGGAGUGGGAAUGGGUGUGAAACUGGUCGUGGACAAAGUCCAGCAAAACAAAAAGGAAAAUUAGCCUAAAAAUAGCUAAACUCUUUUCAGAACAUAAAUACUCAGAUAUGUCUUUCAUAAUCUGAUAUGUUUUAAUAUAAGCAUGUCCUCAACAUGAAUGAGAAAUGAAAAUGAUCUUUUCCAGCUAUUGUUUCCAGCUUCUUUUAAUGUUUUAAAGCAUUUAAAUAAAUUACUUUGCUUGCUUUGUUUUUGUAGUUGAUGACUCUAGAAAGUAUGUGUCUAGUAUGUGUCAAACAAUAAUGAAAUGUAACCACAACAUGAAAUUGAUUAUUACAUUUUUUUUGUUAUUUUGAUGCAUGUGAUCAGUGUGAAAGUGCAUAGAUACUGAUGUUUUCCUGCAAAAAUAAAACAGAACACAUUUCGGAAUUAGCAGGAUGUGAUGGAUUUAUUUAACCAGCACAAAACUUUAUGCCAUACUUCUACAAACAAACACAUAAUAUGCACAUGCAUUGUUAAAAAGAACAGCAAAAAAACUGAAAGAGUCUGCUUCCGGUGUAUUUGCACCCACUGUAAACAGGAAGAUAUGCUUAAUGUGUUAUGGACACAAAAAACACUCAAUCGCCUUAUAAAAUAACAAUUCUGUGAGGAAAGUCAACGGCACUAGUUGGAGGCUCCAAGAAGGUCCCCUACAUGGGUCAUGUGAUCUCUCAGGGACAGAAAUGCAUCUCAUUAGAAAAUCUGAAACUGUGCACAACAAGCAGCUGAGACUGCACAUUGAUCACAAACUGAACUGAACUGAUGAUGCUAUGGUGCAUUUCAACAGCCUUAAACGAGCUAUCACAACGGCCCCUGCACUGGGCCUUUCACAGUAUAAUAAACUGUAGCAUUUGCACAUGAGAGAGACUAUGCUAUGGGGGUCCUGGUGCAAGAGUAUUGUGCAAAUUGUCGGCCAGUUGCCUUUUUGUCUAAGCAACUAGAUACAAUUGCUCAGGGCAAUUUGAAUACUCAACAUAUUACAACACGAAGACUUGGGGUAUGAGGCAAUCCUGUUAACAACAGCCAAUUUAACUAUUAAGCCCACUAAAGUGAAAAAUCUAGCUGUUCUUGCAUUGCAUUGCUUGACUGAAUUUGUCCUGUAAUACUAGACAAUUGGAUAUACCUUCGGGGGAUGGGGAGAAGGGCCAUCAGACGACGUAUAUUUUUGUGGCUACACAAUUGUAUGCCUGGAUGGUAACUUAAUUGAAGCAUAUGCAAUAGACUAUAUCUUAGCAUGCAGACUAGCAGAAGGGAAAUAGGUGAACAUUUAUACGGACUCAAGAUACGCAUGUACUCAAUUAAGCUAAAACAUGGGCACAAUGCUUUUCUUGUAGUGAGAAGGUAAAGCUGUUAAGUGUUUUGAGCAGAGUGUUUCAGCUGUUUUGUAACUUAUUUAAGUGGAAAAGUUUUGUAAGGAGGUGGAUCCCAUUUCUUUUGAAGUUCUUCAUGCUCCAGACCUCUCUUUACUUCUGUUUCUUCCCCCGUGUCUUCUCCUGUAGUCUCGAAUGUAAGGGAUGCUCAGGAAUUUGAUGUCAGUGAAUACAUCAAGCUCGUGCCUCCCUUUCACGAGUCUGAGGUUGAUGCAUAUUUUAGUGCUUGUGUGUACGACGCAGGUAAGCUUAAAUGGCCGAAUGAUAUGUGGGCAUCAUUGUUGCAAUGUAGUUUGACAGGUAAGGAUUUUUUUGGAUUACCAAUAGAGCACUCUCUCAAUUAUAACGUCAUUAAAGCCGCUAUUCUCGGAACUGGUCCCUGAGGUGUGAGUUUAGAGCGCAUACAAAGUCAGCGAGACAGACGCAUAUGUGUUUGCAAGAGAGAAAAGAGUGUUGCUUUGAUCUGACAAACAUGUGCUCCCCAUGUGCUCCUCUAAAUCCUGUGCCUGUGAUGGCUGAACCAUUUGGACGGUUAAUAUUAGACUGGGUAGGUCCACUUCCUAAAACUAAAAGUGGUUACCAGUACGUGCUGAAUAUCAUGUCCACUGCCACCAGGUUCCCUGAAGCAGUUCCUUUGCGCACAAUUAAAUCCCCUGCUAUGAUAAAGGCUCUUGUGGAGUUUUGCACUACAUUUGGGUUGCCCAAAAGAUUCAAACCGAUCAAGGGUCAAACUUUACAUUAAAAAAAUUCACACAAAUGUUAGCCGCAUUGGGAGUGUUGCACCGUAUGUCCGUAUAAGUGCAUACCGACGUCGCAGAAAAGUGCAUACCGACGUCACAGAAAAUAAAAACCAUUUCUAAAACAGAAUUCCGUGUAAUUUAUUAUCUGGUGUCGCUGUCACGGGUGAUUAGGAUGAAAACUACAUGGAAAAUAUACUUUUUAUCUGCGUGGAACACACGGUGUCAGUUUGGUCAAAAUCAGACAAUUGGGGUAAAAAAUCUGGAUAUUUAUCUUGUGAUCAUCUUUUGAUUAUUUUAAUUAAACCAACAAUAAUAUAACAAUUUUAAUGAAAAUAAAUAAAUAUAUAGUUCAGUGGCCUUGGCUUGGUAUCAUUGGCAGAAUUUGGUCCCCGUCAAAAACUACAGUUAUUGAGGAACUUAAAGAUUCAGUGAUUCUGCAAGACUUGCCAAACACUCUUUCCUAUCUGACAAACUGCCCAGGUAAAGAGUUUUGUAAAGAACAAUUUGCAGUUGAUAGACAAGUACCCUUCACUGUUUGCUGCCAUGCCAGGCAGAACUUCAGCGCUAACUCAUGAUAUUGAUGUGGGUGACUCUCUGCCGAAUAAACAAAAUGCAUAUAGAGUUAACCCGAAUAAACAUGCAAUAAUGAAAGAGGAGAUUGAGUACAUGUUGUGUCACAAUAUUGCCAUGCCCAGUCAAAGCCUGUGUAGUUCCCCCUGUUUAUGGUGCCAAAGCCAGACUCAUCUUAUCAUUUCUGCACAGACUACCAUAAGUUGAAUAGAGUCACCAAAGCAGAUUCGUUCCCGUUGCGAUGAGUGGUUGAUAGUGUAGGCAGGGUGGGCUCCGCUACCUUUGCAUCUAAGUUAGAUCUCUUAAGGGCUAGUGGCAAGUCCCUCUCACUUCCCAUGCCCCUGAAAUUUCUCCGUUUGUGAUACCAGAUCACUUUAUGCAGUACAAGGUUCUACGAGGUCUACAUAGAUGUUGUCUGUUCAAGUGCGGUACGUGGGAAGAACAUGUUAAAGUGUAAAGAGAGUGUGUUCAGUAAGUUGACUGCAGAUUUGCUGACUUUAAAUGCUGACAAUUGUGUACUACAUGAAUUAAAAGAAAUAAAUCUGGGACCGUGACUGUUCACUAGCUUUUGAUGCAAAGAAGAACCUGUUGUGUAAUGCUCCUCGACCCUUGGCCCCUAGUUUGGAAAAGUCAUUUACACUGCAGUUGGAUGCUAGUGCCACAGGGGCAGGUGCAGGGUUAUGGCAAGAAGGUGAAUGUGGUGUCUCCUAUUUUUAAAAAAGUUUACAUCCUAUCAGAGGCGCUAUAGUACCAUCGAGAAAGAGACUCUUGCUUUCUUAUUUUGAAG